CGAGUGUUGCCAUAGUUCUUGUUGAACUUGGAAAUUUAUGCGCGGUAGAUUUCCAAAUCCGAAAAUGUCCUGAUUACCUCAAAUUACUUGAAUUCAGGGUCUGGAAUUCAAGCUUUAACUAUGUCUACUAAAAAUUCAGGGAUCUAUCAACUCGACAAACUGCCAUUUACCUCGAAGGAGUUCCAUAACAAGUUUACCAGCCUUGCAGGACCUUUGAGCCUCUAUGAAGCCGAAGACAACCCAGAAGUUGGAAAUGUGAAUCCAGACGUUGAAAGGCCAUUGACUCCUGUCGAGGAGGCCAUCAAGACCCCACCCUCAACAUUUAGCGCAUUUGCUAAGCUGAUUAGACCACGGCUUUUGCCUAAGGAUGUAGUCUCUGGGAUUAGCAUCAGUGAUCAGAAUGAGCUGAUUGGUGUUCUGAUGAAUGAGAUCAACAAUGUCUGGGGCGAGAUGAAAGGGAUGGCACCAGAUCCAUUCUUGAGCCAUCAACAAAAUAUAGAAUUGCAAAGGAGGCUGGCUAUUGAGAUUGUGAUCAUCUCCCAGGGACUCUUUGUUAGAUUUCUGGACAAGGCUCAAAAGUUGAAUGAACGGGCAGUUUUCAGUACGGCAGCCAACAUGAGUAGACUGAAGACACAGCUUGCAUUGGAGGCAAAUAAAAGCUUGAAUAUCCUGAGCAUCAGGCGUGACCUAGCCAUGGACAUGAAGCACCCCUGUGAUGGUAGCACUGUGUCUAGUGCUCACUUUUCCUCUCUGAGAUUCAUGGCGGGCACGCCACCACCUCAAAGAUACAAGCCCCUUGUUGUCAGACAUGAAGACAAGCGUCACAGAGUUCAUCUGAGCAAGGAAGAAAAGAUACAGAAGCGAAUUGACACAGAGUUGAAUGAUCUUCAGCGCAAGAUGCCCUCUGUCUCUGUGGAUCCCUACUAUUCCAUGGUACCUCCUGAAGUAUUCAUAAAGCACAUGGCUAAACCAGAGGAAGUAUCUACAAGGAUGAGGGAGCGUAGUGAUACAGAAAGUGAGAGGGAAGACACCUUUUUCUUUAUUGGCAAGAAGUGUGAUUCUGCUCCCUACCUACCCGUCGGGGAGUCUUUACUUGAUGAACUGGGUAUAGACACAACCAAGCACAACCGUGAUGUAUCCCGAAGGACCACAAGUGCUCGCAGGGCUCAGGAACGGGGAUUUGGUGAGGAUGACAAGACUUCUGUAAGGGAACCUGAGCCUGGCUCAAGUGAAUACGCUGCUAAUGACCUGAAAAGGUUGUUGGCGUCCCGCUCUGGUAGACCGCUUCAAGGGGAAUCUCAAGGAGAACAGCAGAACGACGAUCUGCCACCACUUUUACAGGCUCUAGCUCAUCACAGUAUUUACAAACCCAAAAAGCCACGUAAAGUUGAGGAUCUCACCCAGAAAGACCUGGACAUGCCUACUAGUGAUACAAGCUCAGUAAUCGGCUCUACGAAGGCCUCUUCAGUAGCUAUCGAUUCCACGGUCAUAGAUGAGAGUAUCACAGAAUUCUCUGGUGAAGAGCAUCCUCAACCCUCCGUGGUGUCGCAAAGACUCCCUGACAAGUCUGUUGUGCGUACGUCUGAUGUCAGAGUCUCUAAUCGAGUUAACAAGUCUUCCAUCACCUUGAAACGUUACCCCACAGUUUACAAUGAUCUGACCGGAGAGAUUGAUCCACAUACAGUGAAAUGGCUUGACAGGAACUUGUUUAUCGGGGAGGAGAUCAAGGAGGUGUAUGGAGAGAUCAUACGAACCACUAGCUCAGAUCACCUGCUCUUCGAUGGGGAUGCAUUUGUUGAGAAGACAGCAUCCCAAGCAGACAUCUCUAUGUGUACCGCCUCGUCGUCUCUGAACAAAGGUCGCGGCGAGAGAAUAAUGAACGUCUGUUUACACCGAGAGGUCCCCCCUCCUUGGGAAGGUGACACAGCAGACAACUGGAGGAACAGCCCAAAGUUUGGUGGACUUGGACGAGAAGAUAUUUUACAGGCUAAAAUUGGCAAGGGAGCGGAAGGCGGUACUGGGAGUAAGUCAUACAAUUCAUGGCUCGCGUGGUGGCGAUCUACUGUCACUAGUGAUGACUACCUAAAGUAUCUAUCCACACAGGAAAAUGAUUACCUUUCCGUGAUCUUCCACCUAUACGACUCCGAAGAGGACUCAGACGAGGAGGACGGUGAAAAUGAGAAUCGACCGGACACCAUCCAAAUGGCCCUGCUGAAAGAGCGGGAAAAGAAGUUAACAGAACUCAAGACGCAGAAGACGGACUUUCAACCUGGCUUCUGGAAUGCCAACAGCAUACUACUCGGAGGUCUUGGAAAAGAUCCCAUUAUAGAAGAUGACGAACUGCUUGCCAACAUCGAGGGCCCAUUCCUGUCCGCUGGGGAUACUGUGACUCAAGGUCGUAGCUCCUCUGUCUCCGUCACGUCUAAGAAGAGCGACUCAUUGUCGGAUAAAAAGUCGGUGCGAUCACGAGACAGCUUCCACUCAGACAGACAGCUGAAUAAGAAGACGGCUAUUGCCAGAUCGAACACGUCCACGAGUGUAGCCGACAAGUCUGAAGCAAGCAGUAUGCCGUCUAUCUCAGCGCAGGACCGACUAGAGCGCCUGUGGACGCUUCUAUGUAUGCCUGACGCACAGAGACUCGACAUGGCGAUCAAGUACAGCGCGGAGCCGUACUGUAACAAGCUUGAAGAGGCCCUUGCAUCAUGGGAAGCCGCGGCGGAAGUGGUCCUGGAGCGAGAAAGUGUUAUGACACAGCUUGAAGACUUCGAACGCAUGGCUUCCGACCCUAACCGCUUUUUUGAUAGAGGAGCGGGUGGUACAGCAUUGUCAAGAAUUCGGGAAUCAAAGACACGAGAAUCCUUUGACAAGCGUCUGGUGGACUUGGACAAGGAUGUCCGGAAGGCUGUAGCCGCCGUGAAGAAGCGCUUUGAGGAUGUUGUCACUUUUCAGGGUCGACCUUAUCAGGACAAAAUCCAGACCGACCGGACAGAAAUGCUGUACUGGCUUCACCAAGAAAGACGGCAAAACGCCUUUGACGCAGAAGUGAUUAAGUCAAGAGAAAUAACACUUAGAGUUCCUGAACUACCCACAAUACCAACAGAAACGCUUCUCUAAAAAAGUUCCACAGAUCCUCCGUCGUAAAUCUUAUAGAAGAUGAGCUUUGUGUAUACCAACAAAUUCUUUAUAUAUAAAAAAGACCAUUACUGUAGGAACGACAUAGUUAAUAAUCCCAUGAUCCAGGAUACCAAAAAAAAAACAUGCAUUUUGUAAAUAAUAUCCCAAUAGCGCAUACAGCAUGACUUUGGUUCUUAUAUGUAUUAGUCUGCUUUGGCCGAGGUUACGACUUUAUGGUUAUGAUACAAAUUGUGAUGAUACUCAGAGUAUUUUUUUACACUAUGCAACGCAAUAAAUGUAAAUUAUUUAAAAAACCAGCUGUUAGCAAAACAAGGUUCUGUU